AUGUCUGGCCGUUUAAUCGCACAAAUCAUUGUUUCUGUCGGUACAGUCGUGGGACGUGCUUUUAUUGCAGCUUACAAGCAGGCAGCAGCCAAUGCUGCUAAUGGUGGUGGACCUGUAGCUGCUGCUCGCGGAGGUGCUAAGGAAGGUGCUGUCGAUGCACUGACUCGCAAGACUGGCUUAUCCAUUGAAGAAGCCUGUCAGAUCCUCAAUGUUACAAAGGAUGCGGAUAUUGCUCAGCUCACAAAGAACUAUGACCAUUUGUUCAAGGUGAAUGAUUCAGCGGCUGGUGGAUCAUUUUACUUGCAGUCAAAGGUUGUUAGAGCUAAAGAACGUUUGGAUAUGGAACGGGCGGAAGAGCUGAAGAAGACUGAGAAACCUCAAGAACCCCCUGCCUCAUCUGACACUCCUACUGGAACAGCAUAA